AUGCCCCAGGUGCGCCAUCGGCCACUGUAUCCAGGCCUUAGGGAGGAUGGGCGCAAAGAUAAGUCGGGGAAGAGGGGGGACAAAUGCGGAAAAUACUUCGCCCAAUAUGGUGAACAACGCCUGACGGGGGGUAUUAUGGUGGCCUGGUGCACGCACAGCAUCUGCUACGGGUUCCAUUGCAUCGCUGAGAGCGAAGGUCGGGAUGACGUCUUCGCAGCCAUGGUGACCCGCUGGCCUGUGGCUCCUAAGCGGGUGAUCUACGACUUUGCUUGCGCGUUGGGGCCAUAUUGUAUGCUUCGCGAGCCUCAUUUCUUUCAAAACACACACUUUGCUAUUGACCAUUUCCACAGCACUGGGCAUAGCAAGUGCUCUCGCGCCGCAUUCUUGUCCGAAUAUGCCAAUACCGAUCCACGUUUGGUGUCCAUCAACUCGAGCGCUGCGGAGUGUGGCAACAGUGCUCUGAAGAGAAUUCGCAAAUCGGUCAGCUACAUGUCUCAAUCGAGGGCAAUAAUUUACACCAAGACGUUUUUGUCAGUAUGGAAUCGGAUUCGCUUGCGGAAGGCGCUUGGUCUAAAAUAA